UUUUUUUAGACAGGCAAAAGCAUUUGCUUUCUAUUCCCACCGAAGCGGCUUCCGGCCGGGUCCAUUGUGGUUAUAGCAUCAGUCUGUUCCUGUUCUCUGUCGACUUUGUGCUUUAAAGAAGCGCUCAGUUUGUUUUAAAACAUCUCCGUGGAACAGCUGAAGAGAUGGAGGCCCAGGCUUCAGUCAACCAGCUGGCAUCUAAAAAGAAUGGGCCGACUCAGAGGAGGAAUGCCAGGAGAAAGCAUCCGCAGCAUUCUGCUGAUAUAGUAUUCUCCAAAGGGGCAUCGAUCCAGACCAUGGCCUCUCUCAGCAAACUAUUGAAAGGGGUCACCGAGUGUGUCAUUGGUCUUCAGUAUGUGUGGGAGUACCGCAGCCCCAGUAAAUCUGUCCCGCCACACUACCAGUGUAAACUCUGCGCCGUCUCCCGCUUGCAGCACGACAUGCUCGCCCACGUGAAGGGCUGGAAACACAGCUUCAGAUACUUGAAAAAGGUCCACCCUGACAAGGUGACCCAGGAAGAGGAGGACGCCGUCAGAGACCCUUCUGUAAGGAAGGCAAUCAAAGAAGUCUCAGCCGAGGUGGAGAAGACAGAGGGGAGGGGACAGCUCAAGGUGAUCCUGAAGGAGCCCUGUGAAGUACUGGCUUUCAAAGGACUACGUUCUGCUAUUCCUAAACCUAUGCCUCCAGGACCAGCACCAGGGAUGGGAUUAAAGGGACCUCCCUUUGGUCUGUCAGGUCCCAGGUUCUCUGAGCCGAGGUUUCCAGGGGAGUAUCCUCCUCAGGACGGUCCUCUCUCUGACUAUCCAGGGGGAGACUAUGGGGAGCCUGGCUACGGAGGAUUUGAUUACUUGAGCAGGCAGGACUCCCUCGACUCUGGUAUGGAUCGAAGACCUUACCAAGGUGGGAUUGGAGGUGAUUUUGGAUCAGGUGGUGGAAGGAGUGGACUACUCGAUGACGACCAAGGCAGAAUGCAUCCUGAUGAGUACCGGGGCAGCCAGAUGGGGAGCAGCUUAAUGGGCAGACCAAUGGACAAGCCACUGGAGAGGCCGGGCUUGAUGGGAGCAGCUCCAGAAAGUAGCAACCUCUCUAACACACUACUCACUUACCUGGAUACUUUCCGGAUAGAGAAUGAGAGUGACGCACAGCUGGUGCUGAAGGUGACACAGAAACUAACAGAUGUGCUGAUGGAGUACAGACUGAGGAGUGUAUCGACGGGCGGUCCUAGUCUGAGCAGCUUCUCAAUGAACUCCACAAGCUUCUCCUCUACAUCCUCCAGAUUGCUCGGCGGUACUGGCGACCGAUUCUCAAGUGGUCUCUCAGGUCAAUCCAGGUACUCUGACGGUCCCUCCAGGUAUUACAAAUGACAAUCACAAGAUGUGACACCUCGAUCUUCUCAUCCCGCCGUCCUGUGUAUGCGUCAGUCGUGACUGUGCAGGAGUUCAUCUUUGAUUUUUUUGGUAAAUGUUUAUGCGUUUAGGCAUAGCUUUUUUCUGUUGCUACUUAGUAGUUUUAUUUUUUUAAUGUUUUUAACUUCUUUAGAAUAUGGGAAGGUUUAUAUACAUUUUACACAUAAUUACUUGUGCAUGUUUUCAGCAGCUUUAACUGAACAUAAGUGUAUGACCAGUGUUAAUUUUCCUUGGCCCUGUUCUAUUAAAACUAAUGGAGAAAAUUG